AGAGCAAGCUAGAGUUGAUACCGGGCGACAAUGGUUCCCUUUUGCUGUUCGACUUCCCUCCAUACAGGGCUGGAAAGACGAUAUUUUCACUUCGUAUAUUCUUGUGCAGCCAACCGCUGCCGUAGAGCUCGGACAACGUAAUGGCGAGCUUGCUGGCGAGACAAAGUCGCGUUUCUAAUGGUGGGCGCAGUUUCGAUUCUAGCAGUGCGAGGAGCGAUACUGGUUGGGCCAAGACCGCAUUCGGGGUAAUCAUUGGUAUGCCCGUGAUUGGAAAUUUAAAGACUAUCCACCAGCAAAGGUUUGCCGGAUCGUGAAUAAGUCCAAUUGCCUGUAAAGUUUGAAAAUCUGGAGAUUUGUGCGCGCUUAAUAAGAGAACGAGACGGUUCACUCUCAUUGUUAGAAUCUGCUUAUCUUGCACGGAUAUAUCACUACCAUAGGACUUCUUUUCCAGCAGGACAUAUUCGCUGGGUUCGAUGCUUUUAGCUAUGAAACGGCUCUGCCCAUGAUAUCCAGGAGGAAUCGAGAAAUCGUUCAGCGUCAAGGGGCUGAGAGCUGCCGGGCCGGAGCGUGUCGUUACAGGCCGCCCACCUGCCAGUGCUUUUCGCUCCACCAAUGCACGAAUUGAUGAAGUCUGUGGCUCUUGUCCAAGAGCAUCUCGGAUCCACUGAAGAGACCCAUUGUCAUUGGCAUUCCCCACAAAGACAAUAUCAAUUCUUUUCCGAUCUUCUAUUAAAGAUCUCUGUUGGGUUUCUGAAAGUAAUUGAUUGAGCUUUUCGACGUGUGAUUCGAGGUCGGUUAUCAAUUUCUGAAACUGCUUCCUAUCCCGAACACCCCAUCGCAGUCGUUUUGCCCGCCCGACAGGUCGGCCUACCUCAGAUGCAUGGGACUGCUCAUUUCCAUUUAUUUCUUCACUUUCUCCUCUAACAUCGAGUUUAAUGCCACUCGCUCGAAGUGAUUUUCUCAUCUUGGUGAUGAAUCGCUUCACUUUGUCAGGUUCCAGCGCUUCGGACUGGGAGGCACAAAGUCCAUACCUCUCCCGUAGCUCAUCCGCAUUUUCAAAUAGUUGGCCAAUCACUUUUAAUGUUCUUUCCACGAUUUCGUAGACGGGAAGUAAGCCGGGAGAGAGUUCGCCCUCCUCCAGGCCAGCAUUUUUGGCCCAUGUUUGGAAACGGAAGCGUUCAAGUUCGAGUUGGAGGAUUAAGUCUUCUGAAUCUGAAGCGUAGUGUAGUGUGUCUUGGAAUAUGUGCCACGCAUGGUCUGCGCCUUGAUAUGCGAGGAGAGUCAAUGCAAUAAUCGAGCCUGGGUCGAGCAUUGUCGUCGGGAACGGAAAAUAUAUAUAUAUAAAAUGCCAGACUAGCGCCACCUGCAGUGUUCCGACGACCCUAUUUCGACGUCAAACGUUCAACCUCACUUCGCUUCAGUUAUUGCAUUCAGCUGUAUAGAUCACAUUGUGUGGGAAUUGCCAACUCAUUUAUUAACGUCUUCUAUCUAUUAGGAUGGCAUUCAGCCUUCUCUCCGCCAAGGAUGAACACGCUUCUUAUUUCAGCCUCGUGCUGGCCAGAACAGACUAUCUGUGCUGCCACGCUGCGGGGAAAAAAAAAUACACCCUCGAGGGCUUGUCACUGGUGUGGGUUUCACGAUUGCAUUCGGUGGGCCGGUUCAUAAGCGAGAUGGCUUGGAGGCGCUUUCAUGCGUGGGCUCUUGAGGCUGAAUAGAGAGUAUGCUUUGGAGGGGUAAGGCCGCAUUUUAAAGGUGUCCAAUACAUAUAUACAUUGAGCGGAAAACGAAGAGGAUGGGAGAUAAAUAGAAGAGGUUGCUGAUAUCCCAUGUGUCGAUUUUUGGUGACAUUAAUUGGGUUUACUGCAUCGGGCUAUCAUGACAACACUACUCUACGAGUCUGCUUUCACGUCCGAGCCUACGGAAGCUUCCGGUUAUAGGACGGAGGCGCAGACGUCAGGCUCCUCUCGGGACCCAGAAUGGUCGCCUCAGGGAAGUCUUGCAUCUUUCAUAUGCCAUGCUUCGCAUUUACAGAAAGCACUUCGUACAGAUGACUCGAUCUUUGUUGAUGACAACAACGGAAUCAAAGCGUUAUCCAGGCAGAAAAUAGGAUCAGGCGCUUCCUUUAUCGUCGAACGUGCUGAAUGGAUAGCCGGAGUUCAUGAGAAUAAUGUAUCCUUGUCCCGACAAUUCUCUAAAUGGGGGAAGUAUAUUGCUAUCAAGAGCGUCCGCGAAAGGCCCAAUUCAAGUAGUCGGAACAAUUGGAGUGAUGUGUCCCUUGAACUUCGCGCGUUAUUACACAAACCGCUGCGAUAUCAUCCCAACAUUGUCCAUCUGUUGGGAUUCGGAUGGGGAUCAUCUGCGGAAUCAGAUUCUGCAUAUCCGAAAGUAAUUAUCGAAUAUGCCACAUUCGGUUCCUUCCACGAUCUCCAAGUCUACAGACCCCCACUGCAUUUUGCCAUCAAACAGAAACUGUGCCAUGAUAUUGCUCGCGGGCUUGCUAUUCUUCACGCAUGCGGAAUCGUCCACGGCGAUCUGAAGCAUGAAAAUGUUCUUAUUUUUGUCAACAAAUAUGACAUCCCUAAAGGGCAGCCAUACACUGCAAAAUUGGCUGAUUUCGGCGGAGCGGUAAUGGAUAUUGACCAGCGUGACUUGUCAUAUCUUUCGAUGGGAACCUACCCGUGCCAGGCACCUGAAUCUUCAAACCGACUCUCCGCUGAUGGAAUAAAGCAGACGGAUGUCUACUCCUUCGGACUGUUGGUGUGGAGAGCGUUUAUUGACGGAAGAAAUAUUGCAACGGAAUUGGGACUGGAUUCUAACCCUACGGAAUCGUCUGAGAGACUGCUCCAGCAGCUAAAACUCAACAAUGACAUCCUUCUAAAGGCCGUAUGCAGUACUCAGGUUUAUGCUUCAGACCAUGGAAUCAAUGAGAACGCACUGGCAUUGAUCUUAUAUGUGCUACUGCAAACAAUCGUUGUUGACCCAAUGGAUAGAUCUCUCCCCCGAGCCCAGGCAGCACUGAGAGGUAUGCAUUUUAGUAAAAUUGAUUCGUUUCUUCAGGGAGUCGCCGCUGCAAAUGACGAAGGAGAUAGGAUCGAGAGUAUGGAGGCACCGGGUUCUCAUGGACUAACCGUUGACAAUCUUGGCUUCUUCCUUGGGAACUUGGGCAGCGAUUAUGAUUGCCAAAGAAAUACUCCAGGCCAUCGACCAAAAAUAUCACCUCCAGAUAUAGCGGAAUUUUUAUUUGAACCUGAUAAAUUAAGGACCAUUCUUGACUGGACUCAACAACAACAGAUCGUCAGCGACUUCAAGGAGGCUUGCCAGAAAACGAGACCUGGAACCCCCGAUGGGCUACAGCCAUGGAAAGCUGCAUAUUAUUUGUUCCAAUGCAAUCUAACGGGAUUUGGCGUCACAUUUGACGAGAAGCAAGCCUGCCGUUGGCUACAUGAAUCUGCCAAUGCAGAUGAUAAGGGUGAUGUCGACUACUGGGCGAUGGCUUGGUUAUGGCGUGUUAGCACCGCUCUUUCUGUGCCACCAUCUCUUACGCUGGACCAACUGCAAGAGUACAUCCGAUGGGGCAUUAUAAGAGGUCAUCACAAUUGUAUGGAGGAUGCAAGAGAAAUAAUAGCGAGACUGACUAGUAUAGAUGAACGAGAACGAUGGGAAAUGAUGUUGACGGAAGCUGAUUGGGCCAGGAGGACCAUCGCAGGCGGGGUUGGUAUGCCCCAUUUUGUCCCUCGAAAAUUACGCCGAUGCUACAAUCUGAAUGACACUGUAAUCCUUGAAGAUCAGAUCAAAGACGAACUUGGAACUGCAUAUAAUUCCUGUUUACGGAAGAAAGGUUCACAUUCUUCUGCGACCAAGAACGCCGAGUCCCCUCAGGUUGAGAAAUCCGAGUUUGAUAAAAUCUUUGUCAACCACAAGGGCCACGGACUCCUACAUCUGGCUGCAACCUUAGGAAAACUGAAAGCACUUAAGUACAUGGUUGAGACAUAUCUGUGCUGCAUUGAUCUUCCAAAUAAAUCCAUGGCUGAAUCUCCCCUUGUAUGUGCUUGUCGCAGUGGCCAUUUUGACUGUGCCAUGUAUCUCCUCGAUCGCGGCGCUAACGGAGGUGGAACAGAAUUUGGUGAAGAAGUACCCCUCCAUUGGCUCUGCAGCUUCACUCCUGAGAAGAUGACUCCGCUUGCAUUAGCAUUAGUAGAUGCUGGUGCUAAUAUAGAACAUGCUACCGGCACAAUGCGAAAGGAUGUUAGAAUGAUAAAUGCCGACUGGGAGGACAAUUUUGGCAUUCCAACAACGCCGCUAGGGAGGGCUGUAUUGAUGAGAAGUCUUCCUGCAGUGAAGGUUAUGCUUGGUCUCGGUGCGAACCCCUUAGCAAAAGUGGGGCAUAAAGACAACAUUACUGUUAAAUCGCCGACUGAACUAGCGGCUGUCCUCACUCUUCCUCACAUUCUGGAAGUAUUGCUCCUCUACAUCGAUCAAAUGCUUCCGGAGAAAAAGCCCAUAUUUGACGAGAUCGGAAUGCUCCAAGCUGCCCAUGGAAGAUGUAUAACUCCAUAUGAUCCGACUACCUUACAAAGUAGGUUGGUCCGUUGCGGUUCUAGGUAUAAGCGGGAUAUGUUUCAAACUCUUCAGAUCUUACGCCGAAGGCACGAAAAACUUCGAGAUUGGAGAACUCUGGAUUUUGGGAAACGGGUCGAGGGCAUGCAGUUAUGCCAGGAGGUGAGGCUGGGGAAUGCCGACAUUGUGGAGGCACUGUUGGAAUUGGGACAAGAUCCAAAUGGCUCGCCUGACCAUAGACCCAUUGAAGAGGCAGUUUUGAUGAACCAUGAAGCCAUAUUUCGGCUUCUAGUCAACCGUGGCGCAGGAACGGGAGUAAAACGCACUGUUGGCAAUGGAAGACAGUUCUCUUUGCUCCAGCUAUCGGCGAGCCGUCCACGAACAUCGCGCAAUGGAAUUUUUGUUGCAGAGUAUCUGAUCCGAUCUGGGAUGGCUAUCGAGCCAUUACCAGAUGGAAGUCCUUCAAGUGUAGCGCUUGCGAUCAAAAACCGCUACUUUGAUCUCUCGGAUUUACUUGUGGAGAAAGGUGCUGAUAUUAACGCAUUGUAUCAGUUUGAUAAGAGGGAAGAGUGGAUCACUGUCCUUGGUGAACUUCUUCUGACGCAUACGGAGGCCACAUUGCAAUCAGUGGACUAUAUCCUUCGGAAGCUAAAUGUCAAUUCUAAUAAUCCCGCCGGUCAAGUGGAAUUCAUUGUCAACAAAACGCAAAAGCUGAGCGCCCUCCAUCUUCUCGCGCUUUGCCCCUCAAACGCGCUAAACGACAGGUCUCAAAUUUCAGCCAGGGUUAUCCAAGCCGUUCUUGCAGCUUUCCACACUACCGAGUGUAUUAACUAUGUUCACCCUGUUCUAGGGACUGCGCUUUGUAUUGCCAGCAUUACAGGACACCUAGAAAUGGUGGUUGCGCUUCUAGCCCACAAGGCAGAUGCAGAAAUCACAAUGCGGGUCGAUCAGCUAAGCGAAAAGCAUAUACAAGACCUAGGUUUACCCAGUACGUGGUCCAAUCGGGAAUUCCAGAUUGGGGAGAGUACUCCCUUGCUUCUAGCACAAUUUGCCUUUGAAGUACAUCUGUCCGAACUCGAAAAAUCAUCCUCUUUCGAGAUCAGUAGCUUAUCGAAACUGGAUUGCUUCGAGGCCAUGGUUCCCUUAUUUCAAAGCGCCGGAAUAUCCGAUUCAAAUGCAGCCUGGAUAUCUUUGAGAAACAGAAGGAAGCUCCUCGAGGACCGAAUCGGGCUCUGCACCUCGAUGGCGCAGUUGAGUCAAAUUGACCUUUCAGAGCCUGUGGAUCUCUCUGUGCUGACGGAUGAAAAGCCGACGAAUUGGAAAGAGGGGGAUGAAAUGAAUCAGGAGAUGGCGACAAGGACUAUGCUGAAAUUUAUGAGAGGAGGCUUCGAUUAAAGUUUUGCCGUUAUAUGGAGACAGUUGAGUGAGGGACGAUCAAGAUUGACCGUAUGCCACUUCCAUAUGAAAUACGAGCAAUGAUUCUCGACCUCCUGAUUGGCCUCUAGAGUGUAGGCGGCGCAUAAAUGCGAUACGCGUGAGAGAAACCAAUAAGCAUUGUCCAAGAUUCUAAAUCAUCUACCAGUCAAUGUAUUUGAAUCGAGAGGUUUUUUGUGCUCGUUUCUGUUAGGAGUUCCUGGUGAUGUGCUUUCGGAGCUCAGGAUAGUUAAAAUACCUGCGCAACUUUUCUCCCAACCCAGCUAAAAAGUGCCAGCACUAGUCAGGUUUAGCGCCCGUUUCUCAGCCCUAAAUUUUCCUACGCUUAACCAAUUGAGCACUUGCGUGGAAGUUAACCAGCCAGUGGAAUCGUGGGCGUGCUCUUUGAAUACUUACGUCAACAUCCUGUAAAUUGACCGACCCGGUUUCCCCUUUCGGCUUCAGGAUAAUUCAUUCUAGCGCGGCACAGUGCCGCAUGGUGGGGUGGUAGGGAGGAGAAACCAUCGUUGAAGGGUAGUUUGAAAAAAAUCAUGGAGAGAGGUCCUUCAUUGAUAGCAUCCUCCCUUGCCAGUUGUACUGAGGACAAUGAUAUGAAAUCGACCUACCAUGUUCAGAUGUUUGGAACUGAGGAGCGAAAUUGGACUCAAUAAGCAUCAUGAACAUACUUAUAUGGAUAUCAAACUCAUGCAAUUAACCACCUACUCAGUUUACUCACUAUACCGCGGCGCAUUAUCGAAUUCACUAUCCUCCCAGCGAAGACUCCAAGACGAAUAAAGGAGAAAUAAUGAGUUGGAGACCACAUUAAUAACAUGAUGGAAUAUGACGAAACUUUCUAGUCUUCUUCCACCGUUCCUCCGCCUUGUAUACUCCAGAAUUAUUAUAAAGAGAUGUGAGAUAAGGAAAAUAGGAAACUUAGAUGCGACCACUAACUAAGCCCAUCUCCACGCAUACUCCAUGAUCCGCGCACACCUAUGCGCCUUCGCAACUCCAAUCUUCUCUCGCUACCCAUCCUUCCACACCUCCAACUCGCUCACCAAAAACAACGAUGCAUCAAGCCCACAGCUAAUCCCCCCAGAGCUAAUAACCCUCGCCCCAAACUGGGGACGGUCGACAGUAACCCACCUCCACGACUGCUGCUGCGCAUUCGAGUACCCUUCAUAACCUCCAUCUCCUAUAUCAGGCUCGACAACUGUCCCCUCUCCCGCUAUCCUACAAUAUUCUCGCAGCUUUUCGAGUCCCGCAUAGUGGGUGGUAACAAUCAUAUUGCUAAAAACCCCUGCCAGCCCCGCCACGAGCGCCCCAGUGCAUAUAGACAGGAACACGCGUUUACAGCCGCGCGGAGACGGCGUGGUCGUUUGCGAGAAUGCUAAGAGCAGUUGUAGAUGCUCCUUCACGCUAGACGGGCUCAACCCAAGCUGCGCUGGAUUUUCCAAGUACUUUUCUACUUCGGAUAUGCCGGCGCCAGGCUGGACGACGAUUUCAUACUGGUCGAGCUGCUGCAUCGCCUGGGAGAUGCUGAGGUUUGGAUAAACAGGGACCUUCUCUGCGCUGAGAGUUGGUUGGACAAUUGCGGCGAUGUCAAAUGUUAUCUCUAGUCCGCCGAUGGCCGCGCCCUUACCCAGGACUUCGAUCGGAGCAUAGAGGUCCAAGGUGUCGAAGUUUGGGAAAGGGAGGAGGAGAACUUUGAGGGAAUUGGAUUUAGACAUGACUAUAGCGAUGGUGGGGGUGGUUCUUCUUGUGGAUGUUGGGUGUGCUAUAUUGAUAGAUCAAUCUAGCUAGGAUUGAUAUGUGAGCUGCCUUUACACUGGAGAGUGGGGAUUUUGAGGCACCACAGGCAUGGCAGUGGGAUUUAUUUAAAGCGUCACGCCCAUGCUUACUUUCAUCUAUGCAAGGCUUGUAUCCACUUUCUAUAAAUAUCUUUUUCAGCUGCAAGCCUCCUCGAUCAGGUUAAGGGUAGGAAUGAAAGUCUCGAAUAGUAAUUGGAUGUGCACAUCCAGAGAUUCUCAUAUCCGAAAAUUGAGCUCUUUAUGCUUUCAAGAACGGACUUCUAGGAGUUCUACGGUUCGUCAUUCCCGGUCCUCAGGAGACGGAACGAACCCUUUCUUGACAAUGAUCGCCAGCUCCCAGCUCCCAGCACACCCUAAUCCCCGCCAAAAUACCUCAAUUGUGCUCAAGUAACAUACGUAUAUGGACAAGGGUGGUUUUUCUGAUAUCUUCGAAAUCUUUAAGUUGGAAGAUGCGCAUAUCUAUUCAUGCACGCUACAGAUGUAUGCUAGAACAUGAGUGACAUCCACAGAUACUUUCGUAGAAUCUAAUUUUUGAGCAUCCAAUGAGAAUAGAGCUGCAAACCAGAUUUUCUCAUCUUCAACAGCGUUGGAUCGAUAACCGCUUUGCCAGAAGCGGGGUCGUGCUUAUCUUCCCGGAGCACCGAUCGAUACAGCCUGUGGAAAACUAAGUAAUCUGUGCUCGUGAUUCGUGGAAUCCGGGGAGCGGCAGAGGAAAUAACAGUGGCUUUCUCGCAAAAGAGAUUUCUUGAGAAUCGGUAAAGGCUGAUAAUGUUUUCAAUGCUCUUCAUCUGCUGCAUUCAACUAUAGGAAGAUCCCCUUCACUUGCAUCCAUAGUUCAUGCAUCUAGUAAUCUUACAAUGCUGCAUCAAACUGUUUUACAAAGAAAGCCCUUGUAAACAAUCACAAAAUUUCAGCUCACCAGGAUAUGUCUGAAG